GGGUUUAAAUUGUGGAUAAAUAAUUGCUUUUGGUCAAUUUGACAACUGCAAGUCAAGUUAUUACAGGUGAAAUAUUCGUAUUUAUUCGUGCACCUCAAACUGGAUACCACGAGUGUUAUCCAUUUUAAUCCAAUGCUUAUGUAAAUCUUGUUUACAUGUAAUCCAAGGUCUAAUGUGACCUACUUUGUUUUGAUUCUCUCUGCUAAAAGUAUAACACCAGUUCAGGUCAGAGUAACAUAGCUCUGUUUGCAAAUAUUGUUUUCAUACAUUCCAUGUCUUUUUUUAAGUUCCAAGUUUCAGUUUUUAAGACGAGGGCAGACCAUUAGUAGUACAUUACAUUUGAGAAGCAAUCAUUCAGAUCGACUCGUUUGGAGCCUAAGUAAUGGUAAAAAUCAAAGUGACCUAACGCAGCCCAGAUUAUUUUGUGUGAAAUUCUUAAAUAAACCACUAUGGACUUCGUAACACUGGGAUUGAUCUUCUUCACUUCACUACUGGUCUACGCUUACUAUUGCUUCGCUAAGAAAUCCCUGAACGUGCCCCCAUGUCCAGUCAGACCAUGGCCCAUAGUGGGUCAUCUGUUGAUAUUAAAGGCAGACCACAGACCGCAGUUCCAACAAUGGCGGGAAGAGUGUGGCGAUAUUUUUAGUAUUUACCUGGGAUCUAAACUUCUGGUGGUCAUCAAUGACUUUGACCUCAUUAGAGACACAUUCGUCAAAAGGGCAGACGACUUUUCUGACAGGCCAAUCAUGUUCAUUGAUGAGAACAUGGGUGAUCAAGGCAAAGGACUUAUUUUUACUUCAGGCCAAGUCUGGAAAGAACAGAGAAGUGUGGCGCUAUCUAUACUUCGCAAAUUUGGCUUCGGCAAAAAUAUUUUGGCUGAGAGAAUUCAAGAGGAAGUAUCGCACUAUCUGGACCAAUUAAAAAAAUAUGAUGGCAAGCCGGUAGACAUUAAAAGAAUAACCACAGAAAGUGCGGCUAAUAUAAUCUGCUCCAUUGUCAUUGGGAAAAGGUUUGAGUACAAUGAUCCAACGUUUCAAAGACUGCUAACGGAAAUCGAAGUUUACUUUUCUGCUAACAAGCAAGCGGCUCUCAUAACAUUUUUUUCAUUUCUAAAAUAUUUACCGGGACACCAAAAAUUAGUUCAAAAUGUGAAAUCAAUUUUAAAUAUUGAAAAAGAUUUUAUUGUCAAAAGUAAAGACAAAGAUCCUGAAGAUAAUUUUAUCGCUUCCUAUGUCGCUGAAAGAGAUUCCAGAAUUGGAAGUGGAGAGACAACGACAAUGGAUGAGAUGAAUUUAUUGCGAUCAGUUUUUGAUCUCUUUGUUGCUGGGACUGAGACUACCUCGACCACAAUUUGUUGGUUUGUGCUUUAUAUGUUGAACUAUCCACAAGUUCAGAAAAAGAUUUUUGAUGAAAUUAACACUCAAAUUGGAAGUGGUCGAGUCCCUUCCAUUCAAGACAGGCCUAAGUUGGUUUAUCUCAACGCUGCGAUUAAAGAAACACAAAGAUUGGCAAGCAUUGUACCCCAGUCUGUUAUAAGAAUAUGUUCAAAAACUCAAACUAUUAGAAACUAUACGAUUCCCGAAGGUUCUUUGAUUGUUCCGAAUUUAGACUCUGUCUUGUUGGACAAAAACAUCUGGGGAUCAGAUGCUCACGUCUUUAACCCAGACAGAUUCAUUGACACAAAAGGCCAGUUGAAGAAACCCGAAGAGUUCAUUCCCUUUGGAGUUGGACGUCGUGUUUGUCUUGGAGAAUCAAUGGCUAAAACUGAGCUGUUUCUGUAUCUAAGUUCUUUGAUUCAAAGAUUUCACCUGCUUCCAGUUCAUCCAGAUCAACCUCCACCAAUGGACUAUAUUCAUGGAAUCACAAUGAUUCCCAAACCUUAUCAACUAAAACUUAUUGAACGGGCUUACACGUAGAUUUGCAUUACUAACGAAAACAAUGUUACAAUUUCUGAAAAAUGAAACAUGCUAUAUUAUGCAUUGUACAUUUUUUUAUCGGUCGCCGAAAGUCGAAUAGUCGCUAUUAGUUUUGUUUUGUCUGUCUGUCCGUCCGUCCGUCCGUCCCAUUUAAAUCUAAAAAACUAGAAAAAGUUAUUGAAAAUCAAAUAUCAUGAUAUUUUAGAUCUUUCAAAUUUUUUAUGCAACAGCUUCAUUUUUCCUUUCUGAAAGUGAGAAGUUUAAUUUUGAGAAUAAACUAUUUAAGUAGUUUGUUCAUAAACAUACGCCAUUUUUUACAACUAUCCACCUUUUAUAGCCUAUAUUAUUAAAUAUUGUAUGUCAGUAUUAGUUGGCCUCCUUCAGUCGUAGAGCGACUAUGGUUUCUAUCGAACACUUUUUUACGUGGCUGUGGAGCCCUAUUUUGGAGAGACACUCUCGUCCACAAAUAUCGCAGUUUAAGGUGGCUUUCGCUUUGGUGGUAGAGGAGCUGCCCAUUCUUCGCGUUGUACGUUUUUCUUCCAAAGAUGAGGCCCAUGUUUUUUCGCAGUCCUUAGCUUUCUUUCUAUUUUAGUAUAUUAUUUGUGCAAACGUUGUUUUUGGUGUUUUAUUUUUAAUAAUAUUUUGUUAAAGCUUAUUCUUAGAUUAAAUAUUUUCUGUCAUACUUACAUUUCAAGCAAAAAUGUGUACUUUUGCUUUAAUAGAGAAAUAAUCUAUUUUGUAUAUGUAAUUCAACUAUAAUUUAAAGCAAAUAUUAAUAAGCAGGUUUGAUAUUAUAUAAGAGGGCGCAACAUGCACAUUGCACACUGUAUACACUUAGACAAAUCGAAAAGCUUCUUCCUUGAGGCCUUGAACGAGAGAUUGGUCCUUUACAAAACACUUAAAUCAAUUAGAUCAGUGAUGCCCAAAGUACGGCCCGCGGGCCAUAACAGGCCCGCGAUGUGGUUCCAUCCGGCCCGCCGAAACAUCGGCACAAAAGUAGAUAAUCCUCCCCCUUUAAAAUAGUUGUAAAUAUAUUUUUACCUUCGUUAGGGCCCUCACUUUUUCUGUAAUGGAUUGAUACAUGACCUUUAACGAGUGGACGAUUAUGAGUUUAUGAAGUGGAACUCUGAUCUACCAGGAAAAGGGAAUGGAACUUUUUUGUGGAACAUGAUAAUAAGCCAACAUAUUUGUUUUGUAAAGAGAGUCUGGCUGUUUCAAAAAAAACAAAAAAAAACAUGUAUAGCGAGAUUGUAAAACAAAUAUGAAGGCCUUCUUGGUUUGAGCCGCGUCUUAAAGAUUGGUUAAACUACGCCAAGAGAUUGGAGGACCGAUGAGACUAUUUACCGAAAAGAGACAAGAAAAUAAGUUGGUGGUAAAGUUAGCUAAAAUGUUGCUCACAUUUUAAGUAGAGAAAUGAAACCAUUUUAAGACGCGUAAAAAAUGAUAGACUUUAACUAUCCCAUUAAUUGAUGUAAGUACUAGAUCUAAUAGUUUCAAAUAGUUUCAGGUGAAUUUUGAUUUCAUUUUUCGUACCUUUUUUUGUUGAUGUGGCCCGCGACACGCGUUUCGAAAGUUAAAACGGCCCGCGGGUCGAAUUAGGUUGAGCAUCACUGAAUUAGAUAAUCAUUCAUUUACAUUAGUUAGACCAAGUUCACGUUGAGCCUUAUCUUCAUUGCUAUCAGUUUAUUGAAUACAUAUUAACAAUUUGUUAAUAAUAACAUUAUAAGAAAAUGUCCGUAUCCUGUGGUAUUAUGUCGUCAGUCGAAAUAACAAUACAAUAGUAUCGGCUAAAUAUCGACACGAAUACAUCUCUUCGUUUUGUAUCGACGGAGAUAUGGUUGUUUAUAGUUUGUAGUUCAUAGUUUCCUAUAUUCAUGCUAAAAUUAUUGAAGCCUGCCUACGUGUAAUACUUCGGGGUCCGAUUUUAAGUUUGUGUCUCUAUCAGCAUUGUCAUUGCAAUCAUUAAUGUCAAAUACUUGUCAUUUUUUUUUAUUAAACAUUGUUUUGGUAAACAUUUCUAUAAAUAUUUCAUAUUGUAUAUUGUAUUUUUAUUUAAGCACUGUAUUCAUAAUCAUUUCAAUGUAACAACGUAUCAUCAUAUUUAGUCAAACACUUUGAAAUAAAAACAUUUAUUUUACAUA